GAGGGGCGGGCACAGGACUGUCCCCUGAACCGCAAAAGCAGGCAGGCGGAUGGCCCUGAGGAGCAGCGGCUUGUUCCAUGUGAGCAGAGCUGCUCUCCGGGGAUGGCUGCCCGCAGGCUCGGCGCAAAGAGGUAGCUGCAGCAGCAGCAGCGCUGGCAGAAGUAGCAGCCACCGCAGCCGCCCCGCAGUGGGUCAGAAGACUGCUCCCUCUUUUGGAUUCCUCUUUGACAUCGAUGGCGUUCUUUUACGGGGCCAGCAAGUCAUUCCCGCUGCCAAGAAGGCCUUCCAGAAACUAACUGAUUCAAAGGGCCGGUUCCAUGUCCCAGUUGCAUUUGUAACCAAUGCUGGGAACUGCUCUCGAGACAACAAGGCUGAGGAGCUGUCCGGUGCUUUGGGAUUUAAGGUUUCUCCGGAAUGGGUGAUCCUCUCCCACAGCCCUCUGCGUCUUUUCCAUGAGUUCCAUGACAAAUGUGUGCUGGUAUGUGGGCAGGGUCCAGUGGAGGAGAAUGCCAGGAAUUUAGGGUUCCAGUACAUUGUCACCAUUGAAGAUGUAAGGAAGGCAUUCCCUUUGCUGGAUAUGGUAGAUCAAAGCCGGAGGCCGAAAGAUCUGCCUCCUCCAACUAUUGACUUCCCCAUCAUAGAAGGGAUAAUUCUCUUUGGGGAGCCAGUCCGGUGGGAGACCUGCCUGCAGCUGAUUAUUGAUGUACUUUUAAGCAAUGGGAAUCUAGGUGUAGAGCUGUCUACUGUGCCAUAUCCACAUCUCCCAAUCGUGGCCUGCAACAUGGAUCUCUUGUGGAUGGCAGAGGCCCAUAUGCCAAGAUUUGGCCAUGGCACUUUUCUUGUCUGCUUGGAGAACAUCUAUAAGAAAAUGACCGGCAAAGAUCUGAAGUACGAGGCUCUGAUUGGUAAGCCAAGCACAGUCACCUAUCGCUAUGCUGAACAUGUGAUACGACAGCAGAUGGAGAAACGUGGCUGGAAGUCCCCUCUGCGCCAGCUGUACGCUAUUGGGGACAACCCAAUGGCUGACAUCUAUGGUGCAAACCUCUACAACCGUUACCUCCAAGCUCAGACUGAAGUAAACAUAACUGCUAUGGCAGCAGAUCCUCAGAGUGAGGAACCUCUUGAGGUGCAGAAAGAUGGCAACGUUCCUAUCAGCUCUGCGGAGAGUUGUCUGUCUAUACUAGUCUGCACAGGGGUCUACAAUCACCAAGAAGACAUGCCUGUUGAUCAGAAUGAGACCCUGAUGGAGACUGUAUUCCAUGGCCACCGGGACUUCCAUUUUGACCCAAGCUUGGUGGAGGCUUCGCAUGUGGUGUGUGACGUGAACGAUGCUGUGGAACUCGUCCUUCAGAAAGAGAACUGGAAACGGGAGUGAUUUGUCCAUUGUUGCCAGCAUCUGAUAUGGGGAUGGAAGGGAAAAGGCAGAUUUGAGGCCUUUCUCAUUUAACCCAUGCCAAAGUAAAGAGAGAUUCUCCACAUGGGGGAUCGUAAAAAACAACUCAUACUCUAAUUUUUGUCAAGAGGGGGCUUGGUAAGGCUCUAGUCCUCCUUGGGUUAAAAUCCUGGCAACAGCUACCAGGUUAAAGCACCACUUUUUUGCUAGUAUGGGCUUGGCUGCAGAGGGAUGGAGUUGCCUAGCUGAAAGAGUCACUCCACUGCCCCACUGAUUACAAGUUUGUGAGAUUUUAAUAUUCUUCCCUUUGCUCAAAAUGCAGCCAACCAUCCUGUGAUCUAAAUUUGCAGGUGAAAAGGACUUCUUGCCAAGGUCAGUGUGAGACUUUGGUGCUAUAUUUUUGCAUCCUGCUUAAGUUCUGUAAAGUGUGUCUAAGCCUUUUCUCACGAUCCCGUGAAAGAGACUGAGAGAUGGCGGCAGGGAAGGCUGCAGGAGCUUACCUUGCCUGCAGACUAUUCUGCCGCUGCCUCUGGGUGUGCGGAUGCCCAGAUGUUCUGCUGCUGCCUCUGGCAAUGUGGAGGUGCUGAGGCCGGGAGUGUCAUCCCAGCCCCCAGAAAUCCCACAGUGCACCAGGCGAGCGUGUGGUGCACUGUGGAGAUCCCCCCGGCACUGGCCAGGAGCCCCACAGUGUCUCAGCGCCAGCUGCAAGCAGGGUGUGAGUGCGCCUGUAACCAUGGCUAACUGGAGGGCUUCUUUGGUGGGUUUUCCACUGAGGCACCACCGGCAUUCUCAUGAAUCCUGGCAGUUCUUAAAUGCAGCCUAACUUGGGCUGGGCAUCCCUAGCCCAGGUUAGACUGAGCAUGAGAACAGCCUCUUUUUGUUUUAUCAGGACCAUCAUAAGGGUCACUUCAUUUUUUAGCUCUCACUUCUCUUCUACAGGGUGCUUGAAGUGCACAGAUGUUAAAUCUGUGUCUUAAUUGACUUUAUGGCAAUGGAGCCAUGUACAGAACCUCUUGCUAGAGCAGGAAUACUGACUGCUUCAUGUGAUGUAAAGUGGAAGUAGGAUAGCUGGUAGGUACUAUCUUCUAGUGAAGAACAGCACCUUCAUGGUAAAAUGGAGGAUAGCACCUUCACCUCCAUGGUAGGAAUUCAAGGAACUCAGGUAGGCAGGAUAACUAAAUCUCACUUUCAUGGCAUCACAACCUCUUCAUCCUACCCUUUCCAAAAUACUUAUUCUGGCUUGUCACCAAAAUGGGCAAUAACAUUCUUUCUCUUCCAUAGGAGGCCUUGUGGCUUUAGAUUUCUGAGGUGUGUGUAUGUAGGAAAUGAUCCAUGACCUGCACCGAGAUUAGCUCAGGGGUCAUUGAUCUGUGGGUUUUGGAGUUGAAGAUCUGCUGUCUGAGCAUCAUCUGAAAACAAAAACCCUUCACCAUUAAUUUGUAGCAGCUGCCCUUUUAAAGCGGGGGUGGUGGGGAGUUUUUCCAAAUUGUAGAACAAAUGGAUUUAUUUGGCAUGAAGUGCUAAGGGAAAACUUGUAAUUUUUGUGUUCUUUGCACCUAUUCUGCUUUUCCUCCCCCAAAUGGUGACAUGAAUUCUCUUUCCAAACAAAUAUUUCCUCUUAAAAGACUGGCUGAUGGCCAAGCCUAUGAUACUUCCAUGGAGUGUUCUACCACCUUGUUGGGAUCCAGGGCUGUGGCUGUUUGUUUAUUUGAUCACUGUUCCUAGUCUUGCCUGUUAUUUGUUAGGAACAUAGGAAACUGCCUUAUCCCGAGUCAGACCACUGGUCCAUCAAGCUCAGUAUUGUCUACCCAGACUGGCAGCGGCUUCUCCAAGUUUGCAGGCAAGAGUCUCUCUCAGCCCUAUCUUGGAGAAGCCAGGGAGGGAACUUGGAACCUUCUGCAUGCAAGCAUGCAGGUGCUCUUCCCAUAGCGGCUCCAUUGCUUAAAGGGAAUAUCUUCCAGUGCUCACACAUGUCUCCCAUUCAAAUGCAAACCAGUGUGGACCCUGCUUAGCAAAUGCAUCCUUGCUACAAGACCAGUUCUCCUUUUGUGUUUGUGUUCCCCAUAGCAAUCAUUGGCCUGAAUCUGAAGAGAUCUGGCUUGCUUGCACACCACUGUAGAGAUUUAGUAGGAAGGCUGCUACUGAAGCCAGGCAAAGAAUACUUAGUGUACAUGGUUUAGCAGGGGAUGCUGGUGCAGAAAUCCGCUUCUGUGCGUGUAUCACCCUCUCUGAAGUGAGGCAGCCAAUUUUAGAAGCUGUGCUAUGUAUGUGUCUGAUCCUAUUUGUGUGCCAAACCGACUUUUGGAUAAGAUACUUUUCUGAAACUUCAACCAGAUGCAGAAGUGUUAUGUUUGGCACCCGUGUGGUUGGUGAUGUACUGUAAUUUAAUUGGCUAACUGUGAGAGAAUCCUGUCCCCCCAUUAAUGUAUAAGCAGGAACAGCUCCUAGAUUCCCUUUAUCCCUAGAGAAGAUUACUACAUUGUAACAUGAGCAAUAUCCUUAUUUUCUUAUACUGAUGUAAUUAAUCUGAAAAGUUUGUGUGUAUUUUAAAUACAGUUUGACUACAUUUUAAAUACCCUCUUUUGUAAUAACGGAACUGGUGGGCUUCAACACUGAUCCUCUUGAUACUCUG